CACAGCUGGAUCCCCUCCCGCUGCGUUCAUGGACGUCCGAGCCGCCCGGAGAGCCGGCAGCGGGAAAAGCGAGCCCAGAUCUGCGUCAGACCUGAAUGUAGCCCUGGAUGAAUGUAUGAUGGCUGUGGAUUUAUUUCUAAGCAACAAAUUUCCUGAGGCCCUUGCUUCCCUGCAAGCGAAAACUAAGGACAGUAUGUAUCACGCACUGACAUAUGCCACCAUACUGGAAAUGCAAGCCAUGAUGACUUUUGAUGCCCAGGACAUGCUGAAUGCAGGAAACACAAUGAAAGAAGCUCAAGCCACCUGUCAAAAGUUUAGGAAGAAAUCGACUGUAGCUGAUUCCUUUAACAGCCUUGUGCAUAGACAAAAUCUCGAACACUUUACUGAAGAGGAAAUUCAUGCAGAAAUUUGCUAUGCUGAAUGCUUGCUUCAGAGAGCGGCUCUCACAUUCCUGCAGGAUGAGAACAUGGUUAGCUUUAUCAAAGGAGGCAUCAAAGUCAGGAACAGUUAUCAGACAUAUAGGGAACUGGACAGUCUUAUACAGUCUCCAAACUAUGUUAAAGGAAAGAACUAUCUCCACUUUGAAGGAGGCGUAAAGCUUGGUGUUGGAGCUUUCAACCUGACAUUGUCCAUGUUCCCAACACGGAUUCUACGAUUACUGGAGUUUGUUGGGUUUUCUGGAAGCAAGGAGUAUGGUCUGUUGCAGCUUCAAGAGGGAGCAUUGAUGUACAGCUUUAGGUCGGUGCUGUGUACCAUGCUGCUGCUGUGCUAUCAUACCUUCAUGACCUUUGUGUUAGGGACAGGGAAAGGAAACGUUGAAGAGGCAGAAAGGCUACUCAAGCCUUACUUGGCUCGCUAUCCAAAAGGAGCCAUAUUCCUGUUUUUUGCGGGCAGGAUAGAAACAAUAAAAGGCAAUAUUGAUACAGUAAGUAAUCCUUUUCUCCUUGGAAAAGAACCUCCAAGAACAACGUUGCCCUAUUAG